AGGCAUGGCUCAUCAAGAUAUUCAGAUUUGACAUAAGUAAAGACUUCUGUGAUGAUUUAAAUAGGACCGACCUGAAAGGGACACACUAUUUCUCCAGACUAAUAGUCACCAGAUGAUGGUGUGAUCUGGAAUCAUUUACUGAGUGUUGAAUCAUCUCCCUGUAUCAUCGCCAUCAGGCUGCUCAAGUUGGAUACAGCAUUUCUUACUUAGAAGAUGAAAAUAAAGCUGCUAGUGGUGCGACAUGGGGAGACAGACUUCAACACGGAGCACCGAAUAAACGGUCAGUUCAACUCAAACCUGACUGGAGCAGGUAUUAGGGAGAGUGAGAUUUGUGGCCGGUAUCUCCAGGCACUCCACUUUGACAAGGUUCUUGUCAGUGAUCUGGGCAGGACCAUUAAAACGCUCCAGUGUUUCGGUCUGGCUGGUGAAAUGGAGGGUCGUCUCCGAGACAGGAACUUCGGGCCGUAUAACGGAGAAUUGUACGCUAUCUACGUUAAAGCAAAACACGAGGAGAGACAGAGAUUAUGCAAUGGAACUCAGGAUAUUGAUGGACAGUACUUGGUUCCUAGCUCCAGCUCUUCUUGCGUUCUUUCGUGCAGUGACCACGGACACGCUAAUGGGCCCACUAAAGGACAUGCUAAAGGAAAUGCUAACGGACACGCAAACGGGCCCACUAAUGGAAAUGCUAACGGACACGCAAACGGGCUCGAUAACGGACACGCCAACGGGCCCACUAAAGGACACGCUAAUGGGCCAACUAAAGGACACGCUAACGGGCCCACUAAAGGACACGCUAAAGGAAAUGCUAACGCACUCACUAACGGAAAAGCGACCGGAAACAUCCUCAGUUCACGAGAUAACGUUUACUAUGAUGAUAUGAAAACAGAAAUAGAACCGAGAGGAGUGGAGAGGUAUGAGAAUAUGUUCCUGCGAAUAGAGGACCUCAUCCUGGACACUAUGUACAAAACCAACAAGGAGCUGAGCAAGAAGAAACAGACGGCUAAUGUCCUAUUUGUGACCCAUUGCUCCCCAGUCAGGAUGUGUGCCAUGGUUCUUUCUUCCUUCUCCGCUCAUCCCUUCCCCAAAGGUCUCCGCAAGUUCAACAUACCCAACAACAGCAUCUCCGAGUUUAACAUUACAGUCAAUGAUGAGACCCACAACAUUGAGAAUGUUGAGCUUGGAAAAUUUGCAAGCACGAAACAUCUGCACAUGUGAACUGUGUACACACAAAUCGUACACCAUGUUUAUUAGUAGUUACUCUGUUAAACACGAGGGAUAGAUUACAGGUCUGAAAUCUGAGUAAAGAAUACUUGUUUCACACGUUACCAUGACGAUAAAUGUAAGUUGUUUCUAUUGAUCUGAACUUGAGUGUCACAGUUUGUAUCAAAUUUCAUAAUCAAGUCCAGUCUUCAAUACCUACAGUUCAUAAUCAAGUCCAGUCUUCAAUACCUACAGUUCAUUAUCAAGUCCAGUCUUCAAUACCUACAGUUCAUCAUCACUUAUGUUAGUAUUUACACUCUUUUAUUUACUGUAAAGUUUACUCAGUUUUGAGGUUAUGACCAUUGACCAUGUAGGUACAUUGCAAUGUAUAGUGACUAAUUUGAGCGGCUAAGCUAAGCACAGUUUCAGAAAUUAUUAAUCAGUUUAAUAGAAAUUAAAUAAUUAUUUAUACUUCAGAUAUUAUGAGCUCUUAUAGGCUGCUAACAUAUGUUUUUUAU